AACAUCCACUCGAGUAACGUUAGCUAAGCAGACGGAAACGUUGCGUUAGCUGCCAGCUAACGUUAGCUUGUUAAACGGAAACGGGGUUGUCGCGGAUUAGCUCGAAUGGGUAACGGUGCAGUUUAGCGCUGUAAAUAUCAUUUAACGGUUUCCCGAGGAAAUUGUGAAGAAGUUGUCGCUGCAAAGCGGCCUGUUCAUGGGUAGCUACGGUGACAUUGUCCUCUAUGGAAUGACAACCUCACACGGAUAUAUUGAAUCAAAACCAGCAGCGGCUCUGUUUGCUGACAUGGAGUGGCGGACACCAGCUGUGUCAGAGAAGUUUCAAAGCCGUUUUGGCCGCCGGCCUGGAACAGCAGACAGCGGGGACACUGGUCUUGGCACCUCCGCAUCUGACAGCACAGAAGAUUUCUGCAGUUCCAGCAGCAGCCCCCCUUUCCAGCCCAUCCGCAGUCAGAUCCCCAUACCCACUGCACAUGUCAUGCCAUCCACGGCCGGAGCCCCGGCCUCCAAGCCUCAGUCGGUGGUUCAGGAGGACUCGCUGUCCUCGGAGGGUCACAGGUCUUCCUCUGGCUCCCGAACCCCGAGUGGCUCCACUUCAAAGUCUUCCCCUCUCUCCAAAUCCGUGUCUUCACCCAACCUGGACGCUCCGCCCGCUGUGGGAGGGGAUCACGUGGGGCCAAAGCCGGACUGCCUGAGCCGCUACCGCAGCCUCGUCAACGGGCUGGACCACUCUCUUUUCCCCUCGGAUCACACGCGGAUGGACGAGUGCCAGAAGUUUGACACUCCUGCCGUGGAGCCCACUCUAAAUCAGUCCGCCCUGUUGGGGGGGUUAUGCCCCGAUGUCAGACUCCGAUUACAGACGACCGGCAUCAGAGAGACUCCGGACUGCAUCUCUGAGGCCUACAGAGGAGGCCUGGAGCACAGCUACAAGGUGCUUCCUGAGGCCAGGUCGGGGCUCCCCGGCCAAGCGGAAACUUUGGUUCAGAGGGGAAGUCAGCCCGGUGCGGCCGGAUCCGCUGGAGUUUACGCAAACCCUCUCAGCCUGCAGACACAGGCUCUGCUGAGGGAGCACGCUGGCUCCAAAGGAUACGAGCCAUUGCGGCAGGACAGAUGUGCUGAACUUUCCAGCUGGCAGCAACAACAGCAACACAAGCAUCAACUGGAGAGUUUACGCAUGCAAGUGGAACAAAUGCAGCUGAUGAGUGCUGGAGUGUCCCAGUACCCGUCUCUGUACUCGUCGCCCGCUCACGCAGAGUCCGGCAAAUGGGACGCUCUGGUCAAAGCCAGCGAGAGUCUGCUUAAGGAAAAGGAACUUAUCAUCGAGAGACAAAAGCAGCAUAUGACCCAGAUGGAGCAGCGUCUGAGGGAGACCGAGCUGCAAGUCCAUGGAGCCCUCCUGGGUCGAGGAGCUUCUUACGGGGAUAUGUGUAUGCUGAGACUACAGGAGGCCCAGAGGGAGAACGCCUUCCUGAGGGCGCAGUUUACGGAGCGCACCGACUGUGUGGUUCUGGAGAAAGUGGAGGCGGAGCGCAGACUGGGGGCAGUCGAGGCAGAGACUCGCCGACUAACGGACUGCCUGAAGGAGGCCUGUGAGCGACACGCCGAGGAGAUGAAGAAACAGGAAGAGAGGAUCCGCAGUCGAGACAAGCACAUCAACAACCUGAAGAAGAAGUGUCAAAAAGAGACUGAGCUGAAAAGGGAGAACCAGCAGCGCAUUGAGACUCUUGAGCGCUAUCUAGCUGACCUGCCCACCUUGGAGGAUUACCAGAGUCAGAACAAGCAGCUCGUGGAAGCCGAACAGCAAGCAUCUCAUCUACAAGAGAGGCUACGAGAGCUGGAGGUCUGUCUAGAGACGACGCGCUCCCAACUCCGAGAAAAAGACACACAGCUGGAAGAUCAGAAGCGCAGGGAGAGGGACCUGCUCACGACCAUCACUGAUAUGCAGCAGCGGGUACAGCAGGGCCUCGAGGAUGGAGCCAGACUGCCUUCCCUGGACAUGGAGAAGUUCAGAGGAGAAAACAAUGCGUUGAGAGAGGAGCAGCAUAGACUGAAAAAGGUCAUUGAGAAGCAGCACCGGAUGAUGGAACAGCUCGGCUCCCAGAUCCAGGCUUUGGAGGAGCAGUUAUCCCAGGAAGAGAGCAGCUCUCAGGCUCUCAGAGAAGAUGUGUUGGCCAAGGAGAAGAAUGUGAUGGAGCUCCACGCAGCCAUGAGGGAGCUGUCUGCCCAGAACCAGGAACUGAUGGAGCAGAAUCUGACCCUGCGAGAGCAAAUGAGUGAGCCAGAGCAGAAGAGCACCAACCAGGCAUCGUCUGGCCUGCAGCCAGCCGGGACUCGUCUAACUCAGCGACUUCACGUUGAGAUUGCGUCCUGCCUCGGUGACCUGCGCUCCCUGUGCAGCAUUCUGACCCAGAGGGCUCAGGGACAAGAUCCCAACCUCUCCCUGCUGCUUGGUCUCACGUCGCCUCCACCGGUUGCGGAGCAGACCGAGGACUGGAUGAAUCCAGAGGUGCUGCAGAAGAAGCUGCUUGAAGCUCAGCAGCUCCGUCGGGAUGUCGAGGAACUCCGUAAUGUAAUACUGGACCGGUACGCGCAGGACAUGGGGGAGAACUGCAUUACCCAGUAACCUUGGCAACCGGGUGAUAUAGGAAACGGUGGCAUGCGGCCACCACACCAUUUUUUCCGAAAUGAGGACUGAGGAAAGCCCAAAUGGUUCAACUUCUCUUGACUGACUGUAGGUUGAUUUUCAAGCCUGCCUGUAGCUCAGAACCCUCCCAUCCCCCUCCCGCCCCACGAGUUCAUCUAUUUCAGUCCGAGGGCUAACCGAAAAUAACUUACCCUCUAAUACUUGAUCCUUAAGCGUUGUGCGUGCUUUUUUUGUUUUUUUGUUUAUCAAUGAUGACAUAAAUACUGUCUGUUACCAAGCAGUCUUAUAGGUGUGUUCUGCUCUAGUGCAUAACCAUUUGUGUAGAAGCCCAACACGUAUAACUUAUUUAAACCUGAAUUUCCCUCUGGAGGGAGAUUAUACAAGAGGUGGUUGACAAUCAACUGAAACUUUUUUUUUUAACCUGUGCUUUAAACUGAAUUGACAAGUAAAUGUUACCAACAUACCAUUAUUUAAAAUGGUGACCACUGUAACAUGAGACUCUGCUGUGCGGUUAAAGACUUAAGGGUUUAAUACCAAAUCGGCUUCUAACACCAACAGGCCUACAACAGUUUGACUACCAAAGAAACGCUGGUCUGUGAAUGUUUAUUUGUGAAUGCUUCUGUCUUCCGUGGGCCCGGUUCUGGAUGAAUGGAUACCUACAUGUGCCUUUCCGUCACGGUUGCAACCACGAUGCUAAUUCAUGUGAGACGAACCACAAAGGGGCCGCUGCUGACUCUUCCAAUACGACCUCCCGCUCAGCGUAAUAACCAGUGGGAUAGUCGAUACAUUCCCUGACUCUGAAUGUAAUAAAUGACCAGAGUUCGUGGAGGCCCCGACGCUGUUCAUGUUCCUGGCAGAUGAACAAAGUUCAAACCUCCUCAGUUUGAGGGAUUUCCGUAGAAAUAAUGUUCUGGUUUACUGUACAUUUCUGGUUGAUGAUGGCUGACUCGCAUUUGACAGAGUGGUUCAGUGUUUGAUAGAUGUAUGACUGCGAAACAGUAUUAAUCUUCAGUAUUAUUUAUUUUGUACUCUUGAGAGCCUCCUAAAGUGUUGCUGUAAUAUUGUGCUAAAAUGUUUGAGGAAACUUGUGUAAAGGUCCCAUGAAGUGGCUUUUAGAUUUGAAUUUUGUCCUGUGUGUGUUUCAUAUUAGACCUGAUGUUUGUCCUGAUGAGUGUGAGGAUUGGUGUCGCUCCUUCGAGGAAGAAGCAACAUGUUUUAAUCCAACGUGAUGAUGGGAGGGGUUGGCUGGAUCAGCCCUAAAUAGCCAAUCACAUUGUGCAUUGGAGUUUUGUGCAGGAGAAGCCAUUUAAAAAAAAGAAUGGACACUUUACAAGCAGAGGAAGGGAUUUUAAUAUAAAUAUAUGCAACCUAUUUUUAUACAAAUUGUACAGGACAACAAACCCAGGGACAUACCAGCCAUUUUCCAUUUCAUGGGACCUUUUUUUAAAAACGUGCGCAGCACAAGAAUUUCUUUGAAAAGUCAGGCUCUGCAUGCCUUAACAUCUCAAAUGUUAUAAAAGGGAAAAAGAUGUUUAUAUUUUCAUACUUUUGUCCUUGUUUGCAUAUUUUAGAAAUAAAGAUUUUCCACAUUUA